AUGGGUCCACCACCGAUUGCUCAUCUCGCCAGACGUCCUUCGAGUUCUCCAAGGGCUCUGGCCCCCGAAGUGUUUUUUGCUGAAGUUCGCUUUGAGUUUUACAAGGCCAAUUCGGAGCAACAAGCCACCUCCAAAUCCCCGAAGUUCGACUUCAGUUGGAUGAUUUUGAUGUUUCCUUUGAUCCUGGCCAUCGCCUACUUCAUCAAGUUUGUAGUUUGUGACGUCAUCUACACAGAGCAUCAGGAUUCAACCAACGCUUUCAAUUCAACCAUGGAGAUCCUGAAUUCCGCGAAUGCGUCGGUUAUUCUCAAUUGA